UAGUAGUUUCUCCUCCUUCCUGUCCUCAGCUCUAAUUUCAGGUGAGUUUACUCACUUUUCUUACUGGUUUCUCCUCCUUCCUCUCCUCAGCUCUAAUUUCAAGCGAUUUCCUUCCUCUUUUCUCAGCAGUUUCUCUUUCUUCCUCUCCUUUGCUCUAAUUUCAAGUGAUUAAUUUACUUUCUCUUUUCUCAGCAGUUUCUCUACCUUCCUCUCCUCAGCUUCUUAAAAGUGAUUUGAUCUAAUUUCAAGUGAUUUACUCUCUCUUUUCUCGGCAGUUUCUCUGCGCGCCUUCCUCUCCUCAUCUUCUUAAAAGUGAAGUAACAUCCAUAGAUUUUUCACAGCACCACUUCCACCAGUACCUUUGUUUCAUUCCUCUGCAAUCUUUUAAAAAAACAAAACACUAUAUCUGCCCAUCCAUCCAUCUACCACACCCUUCUCCUAAGUUUGUCUAUAUAGGCUUUCUUCAUCUGCUCAUUUGAGAUAGCUCUGAAAAAGAACUUUUUCCUUUCAAAUACAGCAUCGACCGUCCAACAGUACUCAAUAGCAAUGAUUAAAAGCUCAUUUUCCCUCCCAAGGCCACAUGCUGAGGUGUACAAUUUGAACUGUCCAUAUUCUAGCCAGGAGCAACCAACUAUUGGUCCAUAAUCAAGCUUGAAAACCUUCUACUUCUACUUCAAAGACACGGCAUCGGCAUCAGCGAUCCAACAAUAUUUGAUAGCAACAAUCAAAAGCUUCUGAAAAGUGAAGUCAUAUAAACGGAGAUUUCACAGCAUUACUUUCAACGGUGCCUUCAUUUCAUUCCUCUGCUACUUUCAAAAGUACCGUUAUCUCGCAUCCAUCCAUCUAGAAUGGACUUGUUGGGUCCAAUUGUGGAAAUCAUUCUCUUCUUCUGGGAUCCUAUUUCUCGGCACAUCGGUUAUUUCAAAGACCUCAACAACAAUGUAGAGACUCUGAAGAGGAAAACGAAAAAGCUAAAACGCAAGCACGAUGAAAUUCAAGCAGAAGUCGACGAUGCUAUACCAGUCGGAAAGAGACAGAAAGCCCUUGUGGAGAAUUGGCUCACGGAAUUCAGAAAUACCGAAAACCAAGUUGAUUCAAUAAGAUUGGAGCUGGCACUAAGGAGAAUAUGCACCGGUCACUCGUCUCGUUAUACAUUGGGAAAAAGGGUCGUCGAAAAGCUCGAAGACAUCAAAAAGCUCAACAAAAAACUCAAAGUAAAAGGGGUCUUCCAUGAGGUGGCUGAGAGCAGCCGACAUCCAAGGGUGUUGGAAAAGCAAACAUCACUACCACGAGGACAACAAAGCACGUCUGAGCGAACCUUGGAGGAGAUAUGGCAAUGCUUAAACGAGGAAGAGAAUGGAAUCAUAGGUAUUUGUGGGAUGGGUGGAAUAGGAAAAACCACUCUCAUGAAAGAAAUAAACAAUAGGUGCACCAAAACCCGUAACUUCGAUGUCGUGAUUUGGAUAACUGUGUCCAAGGAUCUCAACUUGGGAUUAAUCCAAGAGGAGAUUGGAAACAGAUUGGGUAUGAAAUUCGAUGGAAAUGAAGAGAAGGGGGAUAAGUUGUUCGCUUGGUUGAAGAAUCUUAGGUAUCUGCUCAUCUUAGAUGAUCUAUGGGAAACAUUUAGCUUGACUCAAGUUGGAAUUCCAAAACCAGACAAGCAAAACAGAUGCAAGAUCGCGAUAACAUCCCGAUCCGUCACAGUGUGCAAUGCAAUGGGGGCUGAUAAGUCUAUUAAAGUCAGAGCUCUUACGCCUGAGGAAGCGUGGAAUUUGUUCUGUGAAAGAUGUGGGGAUGUAGUUCUGUCAUCAGAGAUUCGACCAGUAGCUGAGGAGGUUGCAAAGGAGUGCAGCGGAUUACCACUUGCGAUUAAGACAGUGGGAGGGGCCAUGCAUGGCAAGGAUAAGAAAGAGGUAUGGAGGAAUGCAUUGAGGGCAUUGAAAGGAGCAUCACCUGAGGUUCCAGGUAUGGAGCGUCAAGUGUUUCUUCCUUUGAAACUUAGUUAUGAUAGCCUAGAAAAUGAUAAUAUCAAAUCAUGUUUCCUCUAUUGUUCAUUGUUUCCGGAAGAUCAUCUUAUACCGAUAGAUGAGCUAGUAAGAUACUGGGCAAUGGAGGAAGGAUUCAUAGAAAAUGUGAAUAACUUGGAAGAAGCUUCAAACAAGGGGCAUGACAUCCUUGAAAGAAUCAAGGACGCAUGCCUCUUGGAGAAAGGGUCUCAUGGAAAUAAAUACGUUAGGAUGCAUGAUUUGCUCCGUGACUUGGCUAUAUGGAUCACUUCACCAUCAUCGUCCAUUGAAGGCUCAAAAUUCCUUGUGAAAGCCGGGGAGGGACUAGUGCAGCCACCAGAAGAGAAAAUGUGGAGAGGGGUUGUAAGGAUUUCAUUGAUAAGCAGCAAGAUAAAACAUAUCCAAAUUACGCCAGAUUGUCCUAACUUGAUCUCCUUGUUCCUCAAUCAAAACAAUCAAUUAUGUACUAUUCACAGUAAUUUUUUCGAGCUCAUGCCAAAACUACAGAUCCUUGAUCUAAGCACUACUUGCAUUGAAUCUCUCCCGAUGUCAUUAUUGCAAUUGGUGAAUCUACGUGUGCUCAUUCUAAGAUACUGCAUAGAUCUAGUGGAGGUGCCGCCAUUGGGAAAUCUGAAGGAACUCCAACUUCUUGAUCUCUCAAAUUCUGGCCUCAAAAACUUCCCUCAAGGCAUUGCAAGCUUGGUUAAACUCAAGAGGUUGGAUAUAUCAUGGACUUCAUUCACUCCAAUUCCCUACACUAUGAUAUACGGGCUACCUAGUCUGGAGGAACUAAGAACAAUGGGGAGGAAUGGACACGUGGACCGAGCUACUUUCAGUGAGGCUGUGAACAUGAAACGCCUGAGAUCUUUAAGUAUCAGUGUGUCCAAUCUUAAUGGCUUCAUCGCACAUGAUAUGUUCCAUCAAUGGUUUUCGGGCUUGACAAGUUUCCAUGUUAUGGUUAACUAUACACCUUUCGUGCCUGUUUCUAAUAAGCAUAUAAGCAUUGGUGAAUGUGACAAAAUACCCUGCGGGAUUGAGGGGUUGAUAAAACAUGCAUUCUCUUUAGACUUGUAUGAAAGCAUAGGUUUAACAAGUCUUUCUAAGUUCCAAGGCGAUUUAAAGAGCUUAAGACAUCUUCGAGUCAGUGAAUGCAGUGGAGUGGAAUGCAUUAUAGACUGGAGAGAGGUUGGAGAUGAUGCAUUCCAAUGUUUACAGAGUUUGGAUCUCCAAAUUUUGCCAAACUUGGAGAAGGUAUUCGAUGGUGGAGUGCCUCCUCCGCUGAACGCAAGCCUGCAAAACCUCAGAAGAAUAUGGGUUUCUCAUUGUGAAAAGUUAAGGAGUCUCUUCUCUUCUAGUAUGGUAGAGCAACUACAUCAGUUAGAGGAGCUUACCAUAUCGGAAUGUUUCCAAAUGAAAGAGAUUAUAGAAGGAGACGAGCUGCCCCAUAAUUCAUUCCCAAAAUUACGCUUCCUAAUUUUGGAUGACUUACCAAAAUUAGAAAGCAUAUGUAGCCAGCGAUUUAUGUUUUUAUCUUUGGAAGAGAUGGAAGUAAUUUCCUGUCCUAAGUUGAAGAAGCUCCACCUCUUCUGCUCAAGCAUCCAUCAAAUAAAAGGAAAAAUAGAAGGCAAGAGAGAAUGGUGGGAAAGAUUAGAGUGGGAAGACGAGAAUGCCAAGUCCCUCUGCUCCACAAUUUACAAAGAAGCUUCCUCAGAAGUAGAAGAGGAAGAUUCUUCUGAAUAACAAUCAUCAUUAAGCUCUAAAAUCUCUCGAGAUAUUCCAAUGCCGACAAAUUGGUGAGAAGAGAGAUUUGCUGGAUAAUAUCGCGAGGAGAACAUGAAGCUCCAAAGUCUCCUGAGAUAUUCCCAUGUUGGGAAAUUGAUCUCUUAUUACUGUAUGAAUUAUUGCCUUUACAAGCAAUCGUAGACGUGGAUUGCAUGGUGUCGUAAUGGAGAUUGAACACCCAUCUUCUUAGGGCCAAAGAAGUUUUCUAUCAAGCUGAUAUCUGUAUUUUCCGUUCAUCCAGGUCUGUGUGACCUUAUGAGAAGUUUGGAUGGAAAAUAAACAUCAUGGUGGAACCUAGGAAGAUUUCAAUGGUAGAUAUCAUUGUUCCACUGCUUUUGUGGUGUGAUUCACUUGGGCUUUGGAUCUACCUCAUUUUCAUGCUCAUGCCCUAAAAUGAUCUCUAGAAAUGAAUAGACGGUGUGGAUGCAAUAUAUACAUUAUUUUGGGUUCACACAACAUUGCCACCUAACAUGCCAGGGAGGUA